UCUUAUCGUCUCGCAAGUGUCCACAAUCGCUCUUUACCACUCCGUCGCUCCGUUCAAUGAUCUGGCUACUGGCCUCGCUCUUCAAACUCUCAUUUUACACUCUCUGUGCGCUUUCGGAAACCGCGACCAUCGACGACGAGCUGGGCGACUCACACACGGGGGCCAAGCCGGUUUACACUCCGGCCGAUAAGUGGUGGCUACCUGACGCGCCAACCGGAAAGGCUCUGUACGUGUACAAUGUGACGGUGUUCAGCGUGUCUGGGCUCCCACAGGCGGACCAUACGGUGACGUUGACGACGAAUAAUGCGAAUACGGGAUCCAGGAUGUUUUUCGACUGGGCGCAGUACACGUUUGAUGACCUACCGGCGACCUCGUUGAUUUUGUCCGCGUCUCGCACCACGGCGGUCGUAGUUUCGACUCAAGUUACGACAAGCACUGCGACAGCUGUGAGCACCGCAGUGAUCAACACAUCGUCCAGCACAGGGAGCACGGACACCGUACUCCAGAGCUCGACUUUAGUAUCAUCUGCCAUGCCGCAAUCACCUAGCAGCAUCAGCAUCACGUCGCACGGAUCUCAAUCAACGCCGUAAUCUUCCACACCAUCCGCCACUAUUUCGAGCGUUCUGUCCACUGAAUCCACGAGCUUUUCUCCGCCCCCUACCGUCACUCGCCGGAAAAACAACACCAUAACCGGUGUCGUUCUCGCAGUCUCCAUCUCUGUCGUCGCACUUACGGCCAUGAUUUUCUGCAUGCGAUACUGUCGCCGGCGCGCUCACAGCACAUCCACGAGGGGCCACGAACGCACGCCCGUGCCGUACGCCGCCGCCCCGGUACACGGCCUCGGGUCGCUCCAGCCUCUGCUGUCGCCACCAAAUUGUCUCGGCUCGAGCAAGGCGUCGGCGGCCGGCGGUACACAUCUCCCGCCUGCUCUGGGGCCGAGGUUGGAGAUCGAGGGCGGCUCGAUGUCAGAUCCGCCGCCUUUGUAUGCUGAGCGCGUGCGUUGCAGGGAGUUGUAGUAGUAUCGCCUGCCCUCCCGGAUUGAGGAGGCUCCGUUUGAGAUGAGGAAAACUGGCUGAUUCUAGCGCCCCCACUGGCACUUGGUGUACCCAUUGCUUCGAAUUGCUGCCUUAAUUAUCCCUAAUCUGAUGUAGCGCUUUAUCUGGUUGUAUUGAUUUGGAAAUGCCGGCCCUUCACC